UCUAACCCUAUCCAAUUCUAACCCUAAAUCCCAAAAUAAAUUUAAAAUUUCCAAAAUCCAAACCCAACCGGUGUCUCCCACUCUUCCUUCCACCACACCACUUAUCUCUUUUUCUCCUUCUUCGCCGAACACCGCCUGACGGGCCUCUCCGGCCUACCCUUUUCUUCUCUCUUCCUGUCUUCCUCCAUUCUUCUUAUUCUUUUCCAUUCGAUGAUCGCCCUCCCCUGCCUUCCACCACGAUCUCCCAGAUCGUCAUGCGGCACCACCGCCAAACUGGGUCAACCAAACCAAACCGCGACUGUGAUUCUCCGCCGCGCCGACCUCCGCCGAUCCAACCCAGAUUGCUCUGCCGCAAUUCCAACCACCGCCGAACCGGUUCACCCAAGCUGAACCCGUUUUCCACCGCAUCAACCGCGACAAGCUUCCGACGCCGUGAUUCUCCACCUCGCCCUUGCUGUGCCACCACCAAACCGGUUCUCCUCCGUGUCGCCCUCCUGCCAAACCGGUUCGACCAAACCGAACUACGACAAGCUUCCAACGCCGUGAUUCUUCACCUUGCCCCUGCUAUGCCACCGCCAAACCGGUUUACCCAAGCCAAACUGCGACCGCCCGCGCUAAUAUCUCUUCACCCCUCUGGCUCGGUGAUUUCAUGGGUAAAUUUCGAGUUCUUACCACAAGCUCCAUCAAGACUACUCAAUCAGAAGGAAUUACGAAGAAGAAACGCAGACAACCAUCAGUCCACCUUUUGCCGUGCCACGUAUUCCCGUGGGUGGCACCUCUUCCACUGAUCAUCGUGCGCGUCGCACUGCUACUCAACUCGCCUCCACUUCAGUUGUUGGAGGUAAUUUGGAUUUUCCUGACCCCCAGCACCGCCAGUGUUAUGAUCAAUGCUUGGAAGCAGGUCGAAAAAUCAUUACUUGUAAAUUCUUUCACAUACCGACCUUAGAUUACCUCCAGGUCACCACUUAGGUUAACACAUAUGUUUCCAAUGUUGGUUGGACCUUGUUUGCUACUUUCCAUUUACCAGCAAUCACUGAGUUAGUCUAUGAGUUCUUUUCUACAUUCCAAUUCACUUUGUUUGAUAUGUUUGAUCUUUUUAUCUGAUGUCAUCCAUUUUUGGUUAAUGGGGAAAAGUUUUCAUCAUUCUAUAACUGAAUAUGGUAUAGCAUUAGGAGUUGUGUCUAAACUAGAUUCUCAAAGUGCCGAUUACUCCAGUAGUUUAUGUGAUUAUGCUGAACCAUUUGCUAGUGAGUUCUAUGACUUUUGGCAAGAAAUUAGUGGUAACUCCUCCCAGUUUCAUCCACGCGAUGCUCAUUCGUCAUGUAUCAAACUUCCUGCUUUACGACUCACGCAUAAAUUCAUUGCCUACUAUUUAUCUGGUAGAAAGAAUGGUGCAAGUGUAAGGUUGAAUUGCAUAUGUUAUGGGCAUGACUCCCGGCAUCCAAAUUAACCUUCCUUUUUUGUUGGCCGAUAGAUUUAAUCGUGUGCUUUCUACUAAAGGCGGCAACCUCAUUCACGGGUUUUACAUCACACACCUCGCCCUUAACCUUGGUCUUAUUUCUGAUGUUUCUAUUGAAUAUCUUACUUUUUUAUUCUUU